GGCCUCUUCAAGUGUAGGUAUUCUCUCGUUUGGGAAUUCAUCUCUGCAAAAACAUGUACAGUAAGAAGUUAUUAUAGAAAUUUGAUUUGCAAAUUCAAAUACGUAAUGGAGAGAAUACAUAAUGAGGAGAACACCUAAGUGAUCUUCAAACUGUUUUGAAGAUCUGACCUGAUGGAAUAGUUUUGAACGGACUUUGGUCAUUUUCCCGCGCCAUUUUYCCCCUCCAACGAUCAGGGUCAAAUCAGAGUGACACUCCUUAGGAAGCAACAAAGCCUUGAAAUAUACAGUAAUGAUGAAAAGUCUUCUCACGGUAGCCUCGAUUUCCAAGAUGGCGGACGAAUUCAAGUGUAAGAGAUAAAAGUUCCUUUCAAGCUCAAAACGAAAAUCAUGGUUUUAAAAAACAUAACUUCUAGAUUCAGUUGGCUUUAUUUAAGGAGGUUGUACAGCUCGAUGCGCGAACAAGACAAUAUAAUGGAUGUUUUUGACAGAAAAGUAAAACGAAUCCAACGAAACAGAGCUGCUAUGAGGGAAGAUGUGGCUCUUUAUGAUUACGUUAAAGACGAGAUUGGUAGUAGAGUUGCUGACAGGAUAAAUGAUAUAUCAAGAAACUUUCCCAUGGUACUUGAUCUUGGUUGCGGGAGAGGACACAUUGGAAAGCAUCUUUCAAAGGAACAAGUUGGAAAUUUAGUAUUAUAUGAUUCAGCAGAAAAAUUAUUAGAACAAUGUGAAAUAAAAGAUAUUCCUACAGUAAAAAUAAAUGGUGAUGAAGAGUUUUUGUCCUUUAAAGAAUCAACAUUUGAUCUUAUUGUUAGCAGUUUAAGUCUCCACUGGGUUAAUAAUCUUCCUGGAACAUUUCAACAAGUUUUAUACAGUCUUAAACCAGAUGGUGCAUUCAUAGGAGCUAUUUUUGCUGGAGAUACACUGUACCAACUAAGAUCUGCUCUGCAGGUAGCAGAGAUGGAAAGAGAUGGGGGCUUUGCGGCUCAUAUUUCUCCUUUCACUCAAAUGAGAGAUAUUGGAAACUUGUUGACAAGAGCAGGCUUCAACCUUACUACAGUUGAUGCUGAUGAAAUAACUGUUGGGUACCCAAGCAUGUUUGAUUUAUUAAAUGACCUUAAAGGAAUGGGAGAAAACAAUGCUUCAAGGAAAAGGAAAAAUAUCCUCAAUCGAGACACACUCCAGGCAGCAGCAGCUAUAUACAAAGAAAUGUAUGGUUUGGAUGAUGGAAGUAUUCCAGCUACUUUUGAAAUUUUAUAUUUUAUAGGAUGGAAACCAGACAAAACUCAGCAACAACCUGCUAAACGAGGGUCUGCAGCAGUUAGUCUAAAAGAUCUCAGUAGUCUAGACUCACUGGAUGACAAACCAGAUAAAGUAAAGAACUGAAUGAAUUUAAUAUUUAUUUUUGAGCAUCUUUAAUCCUUUGUACAUUACAGUAAUCUGACUAAUUGCAUAAUAAAUGGUAAAUUGUA